AUGGCUACCCUGCUCGCGCUAUCGCAGCACGAGGAGGAGACGCUCUCCCAGUUUGUGACCCGCUUUGCCACGGAGAUCCGGGGGUAUCCGGACGCUCACCCUUCUUUGAUCAUGCAGACAUUCUUGACGGGGCUGAAGCCCUCCAGAUUCUUCUGGUCGCUAAUCGAGAAGCCACCGGCCACCAUCCCCGAGAUGCUCCAGCGGGCUAGCCAGUACGUCGCCGGCGAAGCACUGGUGGCGGGAAGACGCGCGGACGGGAAAAAGCCACGGAUCGAACAAACCCGAGCUAUUACCUCAACUGUCGCGUUGCAACCCCGCCGGAGGCCCGACCAUCCUGAGCCACAGCUCCCGAGGCCUCCGCCCCUCCCACUGAACGCACCACGUACCGAGAUCUUCCUCCAGAUCAGGGAGAAGGGCCUUUUACGACCACCCAACCCUGUAAAAACUACUCACAAAGAUCGAUCGAAAUAUUGCAGGUUCCACCGAGACUAUGGUCACGACAAGGAAGACUGCCGCGACCUCCAGAACCAGAUCGAGGAGCUGAUUAGAAGGGGGUAUCUCGGUCACUAUCUCAAAGAACCCCGAGAAGCGACCCCGCGACCCAUGAUACCCGUCGAAAGACAUAUUGACGUCAUCUUCGGAGGACCAGCGGCAGGUGGCAGCAGUUCAACCGCAAGAAAGUCCUAUGCCCGGAGCACGGUCGAGAAACGCCCCCGACCCAAACUAGAACCCGAAAUCUCUUUCGGGGCCGAAGAGGUGGAGCGCUCCCAUCAUGACGACGCUUUGGUGAUCUCCAUCCAGAUCGCCAACACUCGGGUAAGAAGGGUAAUGGUCGACACUGGGAGCUCCGCCAAUGUGCUGUACCUCGACGCCUUUAAGAAGCUCGGCUUAUCCACUAAGGACCUCAGCCCCAUGAGCUCGGCGCUCACGGGAUUCACCGGGGACUCCAUCUCCCCGCUCGGCACCACCACGCUCCCCGUCACCAUCGGGGAAGAACCAAGGACCAAGACGAUAAUGACUACCUUUAUGGUGGUCGAUUUACCCUCAGCCUACAAUGCCAUCCUAGGUCGCCCGACGCUCAACAAACUGAAAGCGGUAGUCUCGACCUACCAUCGAGCCAUCAAGUUUCCCACCUCGGUAGGGACCGGGGAAUCACGAAGCGAUCCAGGGGAGUCGAGGAGAUGCUACCUCAUCGCGGUCACUCUCCCGAAGAAAGCGCGCACCCAAGACCCGGAUCCCCGAGAAGAGGUUGUACCACCAACACGCCUCGAGCCUCCAGAAUAG